GGCAGCGGUGGCGAGUGCUUCCGGGCUAAGUCUACCAACAAUAAGAACGCUGAUAGUUUGCAGACUAUUCUGCAGCGUAUACGCCAGGAUAACCGGGACAGCGGCUUUAGCCAGGAGCAGGAUCUCGGCCAGCCAUUGCCGGACUGCGUAGGGCUCUUCCGACUUGGCCGCCGGGGGUUUCGGUAGCAACGCCGUGGUCUCGGACCGGAACGACAUGGAGGGCGGGCCCAGUGUGUCGGCCGACGACGUGUCCGACAUGGUGGUUCUUACUCGGAUUGCGACAGCUCUCUUUCAAGCUCGUUCUCACCCCGGAUGCGGUGAUUGUGGGAAAUCCGACCGAUGGUUGAAUCCGUUUUCCGGAAGUCGAUACCUUAGGGUAAACUGCGAGCGCGAGUCAAGGGACGAAGCAGAUGAGACAAUCCGAGGCUAGUUGCGCACCCAAGCACCGAUGUGUUUGCUGGCGAAUUUCCAAAGACUUAAGGGAGGGAGCGAAAGUUCAGACGAUCAGAUGUCAAAAGAAAACGAGAAGGACAGCAGGAAACGGCUCAGCAUUGUAUACGGCAAUUUUCAAAACUCCAUCUCGCGACCCCUCCCCAUCCCAUGCUGGUCUCGAAAGUUCAGACACAAGAUAGCUGACAAGAGCUAUUUGCCACGCGCAAUUGGACCAAGUUUGCAACUCCAUGACGGACAAUUGACUUUGGACACCUCUCGCGAGGCAUGCCUGGUUCUCAUCGCGCGGGGGGAACCCCUCAAUCGACGAGCCAAGAUUGGACAGCGAUUAGUCUGCAUUUCGGCCGACAUGAAUUUCUUUUCACGCUUGCGAGGGUCUACGUGGGCGAGGACGUUAGAGAGCGGACCGUUGACUCUGAGUGGCUGCAUCAAUUAUCGCAUGGCAACUGUCCCAUCCGAACUGACGCAAUGGAUGAGGUCGGAUUUCUCGAAGAAGCAAGCGGCUGACAUUGUGCGCAGUUGCUGCGACUCUGCCCUACUGAUUCUCUGGAAAUGCGGCGGCCACCUUGAUGAGAUACCCAGAGAUUCGGUGGCCCAAUCUGCCGGAAAUGCAAAUCGUGCAUACCGCAUUCUUCAGCGCGCUAAGCCAAGAAGAGGAGCCGAUGCUCAACCAUUGCAGAUUAUCUUAUCUCGCAUCUUAUCCGUGGACCGAGGGCAGCGAGGCUUACCUAAGAAACGAUGGCCUGCGGCAUCGGCAGUGGCAGAGGCGGGCAAGGUGGGCAGAGGCUUCGGUGAAGAGACAGCGGGAAACGGCCGACACCGGUAUCGGGUCCAGCUUUGCCGGCCGAGUGGGGGGCUCUGGGGAGCAGCUACCUGAUACCGUACAAAAAAAGGGCUGAGGGAAACCUUAGAGGGGGGGCGUUGUUUUAUCGGACAGUCGCAUUGCUUCGAAUCUGCGAGUACGGGAUAUCAUCGCUUCACACCAGCACCGACUGGUUCACCAGGUACUUUGCUUUGCUGCAGGACUUGUCAAGGUCAGAGCGCGCAAGUACCCAUCUGACUUUACGCCUAUCUCAAGAUCUUCGCCGCAGCAAAAGGCCGGCGGCCGACCUCAUGACUGACGGGACUGUGGACAUGAGAAGAAAAAAGGGGGAAAACAAGACUUGAACUUGCAUUGGCGCAAUACGA